UUUUGUUCAAAUUUUAUCCAGUGUCCAAGUGCAAACUCAACGGCAAACAACAGUGUCACCAAAAGGAUUCAAUCCAAUCAACAAUCUUCAUCGAAAUGUUCAAGCUGGUACUCAUUUCUGCUCUGAUUGUGGCUGCUUGCUGCAUGCCCGCAGACAAGGACAAACCCAACUACAUGGAACCAUCGGAAAGCUCGUGGAACUCUGCUGCCUGGAAUAACCCGGCCAACCCAAACACUGCAUGGGGUGGCAACAGCUGGAACCGCUGGAACAACCCCAGUAGUGCCGAUCCCCGCUGGAACCGAUGGGGAGCUGAGCCAUGGAACCGCCAAUGGGGAGGAGCUAACCCUGCCGGAGCCGGAUGGAACCAGUGGAACCGAGCUGGAGCUGCAUGGCCAGCUGCUGGAGCCCCAGCUGGUGCUGCUGCCGGUCGUGGCUGGAACACGUGGUAACGUGUGAAUAAGUGAGAGCUGCGUAAGGAUGCCAAAAUGACAAAAAAGCUAUGAUAUUUUUUUUCUCUGUAUAAGCUUAUAACAGGUUAUCGAAUAAAAAUUUUUAAAAACUA